AUGGCAGCCAUCCGCUCCAGCAGCUCACUUGUAGCCACCCAUGACUAUUACUGGCAGCGCCGGGGCUCUACUUCCAGCAACAGCUCCUCCGGAAGUGCCGCGUACCCCAGGGAUGCCACUGUGCCCCACCACCCAGCUUCUUCAUCGGGAAAUCCACUCUCCCAUUCAAGGCCACAGUGUUGGAGUCCCCUGAGCAGUCGGCAGAAUCCCCCCAGACCUCCUGCAGCGUGGUCACAGGUGGCCAGGCUGCAGAAACCAUGAAAAAGCAACCAGUCAAUCAAACCAACA